UUAUUUGAAAGACAUUGUAUCAAAUUAAAAGAAGAAAGUUUAUAUACAACAUUCUUAGACCUACUGAAGGGUAAAAUAUCAAUUUUUGCAAAACAACUUAAUGAAAGGAAUGAAGAAUUAGUUAAAGAUUACAUUGAUAGAAAAUCCCAAGAAUUGCUGAAAAGAUUUGAAAAAUCAACUUCACCAAAUCACAUUCAAUUGCCUAUUAAUGCAUCAGAUUUAGAAACAAGAUUAAGAAAUGAAAUAUAUAGAAUAGAAAGAGAAUAUAAAGAUUUCCUAGACGAUUUUAUUGUUUACGAUUCAUAUCAUUCAGGACUAAAAGAUUUAUUGAAAUUAAUAGAUGCUGUGUGUAAGAGAAGAGAACAAGAAAAUGUUGAUGCUUUCACUCAAGUGGUAGAAAAACCUCUUUUGCAAUCCAAACAGAUUAUUUUAUUAUCUGCAGAUAAAUAUUCAACUAAAUUUAAGCUGAAAAAUUUUGUAAGAUCUCCAUGAUUUUAAAUUACAGUAGAGCAUUGAUUAUCUGACCCCCAAUUAAUUGUUACAACGAUUAACUGACCGUUGUAGUUGGCAAAUUUCAAAUGUCCGCUAGUGAUGUGGCACUACAAUAUUUGGCUAUGUCUUGGCUACUUUAAUAUUAUUUUUGUUAAAUUUUUGCGUGUUU